AUCGUUUUUCGCAAACCUCGUUUCAGUCGUUGUCGGACGGUUUGCUGGGUUGCAUCCCGGACGGGGAAUUCCGAUUCAAGUUUACCGUGUAAUCUGUCCCCGCGACACCUGGCGACCCCGACAUAACGUGUGUAAUAGUCAUUGACAACGGCUUUGCCCUGGUUUUAUUUUAUUGUCAGGAAAUGGACGUCAGAUUCGCCUGCCUCGUGGUGGCAAUAGCCGUACUCAUGGCAGCGGGUAUUGUCGCGAAGAUUGGAUCCUAUACGAGGAUUGCUCAGUUAACAUUCGCUGCUUUGAUCAUACCAUUUUUAUGCCGGUAUCAUCGAAAAUUCUACCUGAUCCUCAGGACACUACCGCGAGACAUCAAAUUUCUGUAUCGUUACGCCAACGCAGACCGAGAAACAAAGCGUUACGUCAGAAACAACACGACUGUAAUGAAAAUUUUCAAAGAACGUACGAAACUCUAUCCCAACAAGCCCUGCUUUAUCUUUGAGGGUCGCAUAUGGACAAAUGCUGACAUCGACGAGUACAGCAACAGAAUAGCUGACGUAUUUCAGAAAGCUGGCUAUAGGAAAGGUGAUGCAGUGGCACUGAUGAUGCCCAAUAAGCCAGAGUUCGUGGCAACUUGGCUAGGUCUCGGUAAACUUGGUGUUAUCACUGCUCUGAUCAAUACCAAUCUCCGACUCCAACUUCUCACCCAUUGUCUGACUAUUGCUAAAGUCAAGGCCGUCAUUUAUGGGAAUGAAGUGGCUUCUGCAAUUGACGAGAUCAGGGGGUCGAUCCAGGAUCUUGAGUGGUACAAACAGGGGGCCGGAGUGAAUGACGUCCAGGAGGAGAUACGAAAUCUAGAUAAACUCCUGUCAGAGGCGAGCAAGGAGUAUCCAGUAGUGGAGGAGGAGCCAGGAUACAGAGACCAUCUCCUCUACAUAUACACGAGUGGUACCACUGGUCUACCGAAGGCAGUUCUCAUGCCAAAUUCUAGGUACCUCCUGGUGACAAUGGCAACAUACCACAUGCUGGGAUUGCGGUCGGAGAGUGACAUAAUGUACAAUCCAAUACCACUGUACCACAUGGCUGGGGGGAUGGUGGGUACUGGAUGUGCACUAGUCAAAGGAAUACCAAGUGUUCUCCGUACUAAAUUCUCGGUAUCGGCAUACUGGACAGAUUGUAUCAAGUACAAUUGCACAUUGGCAGAGUACAUCGGGGAAAUGUGCAGAUAUUUGUUGUCAGCACCACCGAGACCGGAGGACACCCAGCAUUCAGUGAGAUUAAUGGUUGGUAAUGGAAUGAGACCGCAAAUAUGGCAGAAGUUUGUGGAUCGUUUCAAGAUUGAACAAGUUACCGAGGUCUACGGCUCGAGCGAGGGAAAUGCCAAUAUUGUUAAUGUUGACAAUCAAGUUGGUGCUGUGGGAUUUGUACCAUCGAUUCUACCAAAGUCACUUCAUCCGGUUGCUAUCAUUCGCGUGAAUCCAGAGACUUGCGAACCAGUCAGAGGACCCGAUGGACUUUGCAUACGGGCAGAAAUAAACGAACCUGGCAUGUUCAUUGGGCUGAUCAAGCAGGGCAAUGCCUCGAGGGAGUUCAACGGAUACCUGGACAAGGAGGCAUCCGCGAAAAAAGUGAUAGAGAACGUGUUCAAAAAGGGAGACCGGGCAUUUCUCUCGGGUGAUAUAUUGGUGCAGGACGAAUUGGGGUAUUUUUACUUUAAAGACAGAACUGGUGAUACGUUUAGGUGGAAAGGUGAAAAUGUGGCAACUGCUGAGGUCGAGGGGGUUGUGAGUAAUGUGGCUGGACACAGAGACACUACAGUCUAUGGAGUUCAAGUACCAGGGAUGGAGGGACGUGCAGGAAUGGCCGCUAUUGUAGACCCCGAGUGUCUUUUGGACUUUAAAGCCCUGGCCGAGGGCCUGGAUCGUGCACUUCCCUCGUACGCUCGUCCUAUAUUCCUCCGAAUCGUCAAAGAACUCGAAAUGACGAGUACAUUCAAGCUCAAGAAAAUAAAUCUCCAGAAAGAGGGCUUUGAUCCCAAUAAAAUUCAGGAUAAAGUAUAUUUCCGCUCUGGCAAUAAAGAGUACGUCGAAGUGACGCCUGAAUUGUAUCAAGAGAUAAUCUCAGGCUCUGCGAAAAUAUAAAGUGCAACUGGCACUCGAUUAGAAAAAGAAUUCUUCGGUGUGAGAAUUUGAAAAACCAAAAACAGAAAUGGACGUUGUUCGAGGGGUGGAUUUGGUGAUAUUCCUGUUGUAGUUUCAUUUUCCAAUACGUAUAAUUUAAUCCGCUAAGCUCGCGGUAAGAAGUUGAGGGUGAAAAUUAGUGACAAUUAAAUCCACGAAAUGUGAAUUGAUCUUCAGUUUUGUGCACUUGUGAUCAUUUCAGUUAAUGAAUUAACAAAGAGUGAAGAUUUUUUGUUCGAUUGAGAGCACAAUUAGGCGAAUCAUAAUGUUUAAUUUUUUAGGUGGAAAAUUCGUUUGAAUAUAAAAUUUAAUCCUAGUCAAAUUGUUUGCAAGUCGAGAGAACUUUGAUGUGAGACUGAAGUAUCUCCUUACCGCAUAAUUUGUCAAGAAAUCUGGACCAAAACGGCGUUAUGUAUUUUUUUUUUACGACUUCUAUAUAUCUGCUGAUUGAAGGGUUUAGCGUGCUCAUUUUACCUUGAACAAUUUUUUCAAUUCAAUUCCCGUAAACUUGCGAAAAAUUAACAGGUGAUAGCCCUUAGUUAUCCAUUGAUAAAGCACAUUUGCUGAUUCUCAUUGUCUUGGUGUUGAGAAAAUAAAUGAAUUGAAGGAAAAAAGAGGAAAUAAAUUUUCAUGUCCACAACCUGCCACACGGGCCAGAUUAAAAUGUGCCAUUCGUUUCUGAGAAAUGUAUAUAGAAUAUUGUACGUAAUACAAUAAAUUAAUUAUUUGUCUACUAAAGAGGAAAACUGAUGAAAACUGACGUGUAAAAAAAUCGAUAUUAUCUGUACAGGCAUUCCCAACUUGGGCAAUCAUUUCGACACGAGGAGAAAACAUGAAUAAUUUCGUGCAUGAUACUAAGUCAAUUUAACGUGACAGAAGGUACUUAGUGGCAAUUGUAUUUCAACUGCUCAAGAGUCUUUAUAUAUAAAUCCUAUACUAUGUAAACACCUCACUAUUUAGAAAAGAUGAAAAACUUUAGGACAGCUUAAUUUUAAAUCGUCAAACCAGUCAUUUUUACGAGGCGCGAGGAAAAUCAGUGGUAAACGUUUGAUGAGAUCUCAAUUAUCUCGGUAAUCAGGAAUUUUAGGACUAAUCGUCAAAAGACAAUGUUUGUUGACAAUUUAAUUGCCUGCAAAAAAGUUCCUAUGAUGUUCACCCUAAAACUUCUCAUUUUCAAGAUAACCGUUGAAUUCAGUAACCAAGUGGUAAAGUGACACAGGUCGAAUUUUAGUUUUGGUAAAAAUCAAUUAAUCUCAAAAACUAAUGACUUUAGAAGGAAAUAUCAAGAGGCCCUUUUGUUGAAAAAGUAAUUAACAACAAAAAAGCUCUCCAGCGUUUCCACCUCGACUUGAUAGUUAUCGAUAAAUCGAUACUUAACAAAGAUGUAAAAUUCAAUAAGUUAUAUUUUACCGCUUCGUUAUUCCAUCGAGCAUUUCAAAAAACCUUUCAACAAUAAAUAGUCCAAAUUCUUGACAAGGUCACCGAAUAAAAUUGAGAAUAAACUAUUCCGAUGGCAUGUGCCUUGUCAUCUGUCGUGUAAUCAACGACACCAACCAUUGUCCCAAUAUUUUUUGGGUAAAAUCGAAAUUCAAGAGCACGAUGACAGUUUCAUCCUAGGAAAAGAAAUGCUUCGGGUGCGAAAGAGUGAUAUCUCUGGGCUUUAGUUUCAAAAUAAAAACCCCAGUUUUGUGUGUGCGUGUGUGCAAGGAUACCAAAACUGUUGUGGAUGAUUUGUUUAUGAAUUUUGUUGGAUGUAAAUAAAGACAGAUCGAGACAGA